AUGGACCGAGAUAAGAGGAGGAAAAAGAAAGAGGAGGAGAAACAACAAGAGGAGAUAGCUAUCUCCUCUAUCUAUUCAUCUUCUUCUUCUGAAAGUGAGGACUCAGAUAUUGAAAUAGGGGAAAACAACUCUUCUAAAGUUGUUAUUCGAACUGCUGCUAAGCCUACUAGCAGCCUAGUGGCUAGCAGCUUUGCUUCUACUAGCAAUCUUGCUAGUUUUGCCCCUUCUACCCCCUCUACUCAGAAGAGAGAUCAUCCAGACCUAUCCCUAGAGAAACCCAGGCCUAAGCAUAUUGCUAUAGGCAAAUUUCGAGCUCCUCCUCUGCUUUUUCAAGCCAAUUCGACUUCCCCUGCUGAGGAAGGACAAUGUACAAGAAAUCACCACAGCACUACAACAGAUACUAAACAAAGAGCAAUCUCCUGCUCCUAUCUUGUUAAUAAGCAAGAAAAACAAAUGCAAGAGCUUAUCACUGUGAUUAGCAAUAACAUAAAGGCUUUAGCUGCUGCUAUUAAGCCACAACACCCUGCUGCUCCAAAGAUAAAUAAGGGGCAAACACAAGGCCUUACCUUUGCACAAGUAGCUGCUAAAGCUACUAAUACCUCUUCCUUGCCCUCUAAGGCAAAUGCUGCUGCCCAAACUGCUAAACUAACGGCUAAGGAACAACCAUUUACCCUUGUCCAAAGUAAGGCAGCAAAGAAAAAGGAAGAAAAAGAACUCUUCCUUAAGAGAAAACUAGUACUUAUUACUAGCAAGGAAGAUGAGGGACAGGAGAUAGAUUCUCUAUCUCUAAGAAACAAGAUAAACCACUGUCUCUUGGCUGUUUCUAUAGCUAAAAAGCAUGUUGUUGCUGCUGUCUCUAAGUCUAGAGGCAAGCAAAAUAUUGUCCUUACCACCACAGAGGACUACAAUGCAGAUUUUCUUAUUAAACAUAAAGAAAAAUGGCAGAAUCUAUUUCGAUUUAACCGUGAGCAAAGGAUUGAGACUUAA